CGGGUUAUCAUCUCCCUGCUAGGCAGAUAUCAUAACACCUGAAAUAUAAUACCACACCCGCAUCAGAACGGUGUCCCCUCGCAAACACCCACUCUCAACCAUCUUCUUCAUCCUUACAUCAUGGACGGGGAGUCCUCUACUUCGGCCACGGCAAACGCAAGCAACUGGCGCUUUGCCCAAUGCUUUGGAGAUAAGGGCGAAGUAGACGAUAUCACAGAAGCCGACAUCAUCUCAACCGUGGAAUUCGACCACACAGGGGAUUAUCUGGCUACUGGAGAUAAGGGUGGGAGAGUUGUGUUAUUUGAGCGGAAUGAUAGCAAGAAAGGCUGCGAGUACAAAUUCUACACCGAGUUCCAGUCACACGAGCCCGAAUUCGACUAUUUGAAGUCUCUUGAAAUUGAAGAGAAAAUCAACCGAAUAAAGUGGUGCAAGCGACAGAAUGCUGCACAUUUCCUUCUGUCAACGAAUGACAAGACAAUCAAGCUAUGGAAGGUCUUCGAGAAAACUCUGAAAGUCGUAUCGGAAAACAACAUGAAUGACGGAACACGCCCGGUUGCCCCUCCCACAAUGGCAACAAAUCUCCGCUUGCCUCGAAUGAUGCAGCACGAUUCCAUUGUCGCCGCUGUACCCCGCAAAGUCUAUGCUAAUGCACAUGCAUACCAUAUCAACUCCAUCUCGAUCAACUCAGAUGGAGAGACGUACAUCUCAGCAGAUGACUUACGUGUCAACCUUUGGAAUCUCAAUAUCAGCGACCAAAGUUUCAACAUUGUGGAUAUCAAGCCUGCUAAUAUGGAGGAACUCACAGAGGUUAUCACUGCGGCUGAGUUUCACCCUAUUCAUUGCAACCUGUUCAUGUACUCCAGCUCCAAAGGAACGAUCAAGCUUGCAGACAUGAGGGAAUCGGCAUUGUGUGAUCGACACGCCAAACUGUUCGAAGAGGAAGAGGAUCCUUCUAAUCGCUCAUUCUUUUCUGAGAUAAUCUCCUCGAUAUCCGACGUGAAGUUCAGCCGAGACGGGAGAUAUAUCCUGUCGCGUGAUUAUCUCUCGUUGAAGAUUUGGGAUGUCAACAUGGAUCGGGGACCCGUCAAGACCAUCCAGAUUCAUGACCAUCUCCGAGGCAAGCUUUGCGACUUGUACGAGAACGAUUGUAUAUUCGACAAGUUCGAGUGCACGUGGAGCGGUGACGGCCAGAGCGUUCUUACAGGCUCAUAUCAAAAUUACUUCCACAUCUACGAUGUCAACACCACCAAUGAUAUUGUACUCCAAGCAGAUAAAUCUGCUUUCAAAGCGAAGAAGAUCGGUGCGGGGGCAAAACCAGGUAUGAAAAAUGGUGCAAAGCCAGGGGCCAAGGACUCCAUUAAUCUGGAUGCUAUGGACUUCAACAAAAAGAUCCUGCAUGGGAGCUGGCAUCCACGGGAAAACACGAUAGCAAUUGCGGCAACCAACAACCUGUUCAUCUUUGCAGUAGAUCGAUGAGAGGUUACGAAUACCACUUGGUUAUCUCUUCUGCGCCUAUAGUUAGAUCAACAGCACGUGUGAACCUUCUGGCAUCUCUUGAUUCCUGUGGCCGUGUGUGGCUACGCCCGUGUAUUGUGACAAUGAAACCAAUUG